AUGCAGCUCUCUCUUGCCCUGUGUCUCGUCUGCCUGCUGGUACACGCAGCCUUCCGCGUGGUGGAGGGCCAGGGGUGGCAGGCCUUCAAGAAUGAUGCCACGGAAAUCAUCCCCGAGCUGGGCGAGUACCCCGAGCCUCCGCCAGAGCUGAACAACAAGACCAUGAACCGGGCAGAAAACGGAGGGAGGCCUCCCCACCACCCGUUUGAGACCAAAGACGCUUCCGAGUACAGCUGCCGCGAGCUGCACUUCACCCGCUACGUGACGGACGGGCAGUGCCGCAGCGCCAAGCCGGUCACCGAGCUAGUGUGCUCGGGCCAGUGCGGCCCGGCGCGCCUGCUGCCCAACGCCAUCGGCCGCGGCAAGUGGUGGCGCCCGAGCGGGCCCGACUUCCGCUGCAUCCCCGACCGCUACCGCGCGCAGCGGGUGCAGCUGCUGUGUCCUGGCGGCGCGGCACCGCGCGCGCGCAAGGUGCGCCUGGUGGCCUCGUGCAAAUGCAAGCGCCUCACCCGCUUCCACAACCAGUCUGAGCUCAAGGACUUCGGGCCCGAGGCCGCCCGGCCACAGAAGGGCCGGAAGCCGAGGCCCCGCGCCCGGGGCGCCAAAGCCAACGGGGCGGAGCUGGAGAACGCCUAUUAG